AUGGCACAGCAUCCAGACAAGCUCAAGUGGAAAGACGCACAUCCGCACGGACUGUCGGCAUCCCAGUUUGGGAUGGCACUGGGGUUCUGCGGUCGCGUGUCCGACUAUGUGCACUACCUUCGCGAUAUCGUAGGCACUGAGCACGAGUUUAAGGGAAACGCCUUUACGGCGCACGGCACUCGCACAGAGCCGAAGGCCCGUGCCCUGUAUGAGCUUCUUACCGGCUGCCGCGUCCACGAUGGCGGCUUCUUUGUGACGAACGACCACAUCCUAGGCUGCUCCCCUGACGGGCAAAUCUACCACCACGUGGACGAGCCGCCCAUCGAGCAACAAGGUGGGCUGUCGGUGUCGGGCCUCGCAAGCCCCUUCCAGAGCUGCAGCGGCGGCUGCGGUGCCAGCAACGGUGCCGGCAUGAUAGAGCCGCAGCGCCGAAGCAGCAGAUGCUCUGUGCACGUGCCGUUCAAGAGCAAGCGGCGACCCCGUUCACCAUUGUCCGCCAUCUCUGGCCGCAGCUCGCACAGCUUUCGUACUCUUGCUUGCGACGACGACGAAAGCACCAGCUGCACAUCUGGCAGCACUCGCUGCUGCACGGAUGGGAGAUCUGGUAUAGCUCUAGCAGAGAGUCAUGCGAGCAUUGAUGGGACGCACUCGACGCCGUUGAGGUCGCCUUCCCAUCACAAGGUCCGGCUGCUGGAGAUCAAAUCCCCAUUUAGAGCGCUGUACGCCUCCACGAAACCCGGCUACCAGCCCUUCGGCAUCCCCAUGCACUACAUGUGCCAAAUACAAGGCCAGCUCGCUAUCGCCGACUGUGAGGAGUGCGACUUCUUUGUCUACCUCGACCAUCCUGUGUGUCAGGUGGAGGGGUGGCGUGUGCGCCGCUCGCGUGCUUUCUGGGCCUGGGCAGAGCCAAACUUGCGCUGCGUGUCGAUCUGGGUGAAGGACGGGCCGCCGGACUGGCUGAAUCGAUCGUUUGCCUUCACCGACUUCGACUUCCGCACGAUCGACGUGGUGCCGCUCGUUUUUCCAUUUGACAUUACGGCGCACGCGGCACUGACAGACCCGCGCUCUUUCGCCUUUUUCGCGCAGUUCGCCAACCCUUUUGAGUCGCUUGACCGACACCGCGAGGCCAGCGGCAAUGACGGCGCGCAGCUGCAAGCGCAGGACUUGUGCUUCGCCUACGCAGGGUCGACCUGGGCCGACAUAACGGAGUACGAGCGCGUCGCUGUUGCGGCACAGGCACCUGCGGUGCGGCGACUCUUUGCGCCCGCCCAAGCAGACGCAGAUGACACGGAAGCCCUCGAAACGAAGGUUGAGCUAUGGAGUCGUCUGUCGUCGUGGCGGCGAGCGCUGGAGGUGGAGGGCGUGUUUGAGGAGAGCGCGACGGCGGUGUUUUGGAAGGAGUGGACACGCACGGCCACGGCCGGCCGCGAUCCGAUUGUAAAGGUAACGCUCAGCAUCCCGUAUGACUGGGAUACCGGACGAGUAGGGGCACGGUGCAGCUUGCCGUCGCUACCUCGUACUCAGGGCGAUGCCCUGGACUCAAGGUAUGACACGGCCUUGAUCCACUUCCAUCAGCGUCUCUUCUUUGCAUCCUUGCUAAGUGACGACGUGGCCGAUCCGUGUGAGCGCGCAACGUCGGUGACGUCAUCGGGAGCGGCGAAGUCGCCGCCGCACGCUGCCCUGUUGAACCUGGUUCCCGUCUUCUCCGAGUCGGUGGCUUCGUCGUCGAAGAAAGCAGAGUCGGAACGCCCGGCAAGUGGCUCGGCGGCCAUGUGCGUUCAUGUAUCUACUACUGCCUCUUCCCUUGUUGACACGGUGACACCGUCUCGCCGAGAGGCAUCCUCCGGUGGGACGGCAUCCUCGUCUGUGGUGUGCCUCUCGCCGAGAGAGAGCUCCCCAUCGCAGCAGUGCGUCGUCGCUGCACCUUCGGCGCAUCUCUGCCACUCUCUGUCGCCUCUCCAGUGCCGACUUCGCAAAGACGCAGAAGAGCCCAACCCUGCCGAGCUUUCUGCACUUGCCUCGGAUGCUGUUGCCGCAACGCGCCACGCAGCAGCGCUGCAGCGCGCGUCGGUCCCGCUGCCUCAGCUGGCCGCCCCUCCUGCCUUUCUGCCGUCGAGGCGGCCGUGCUUUUUGUGCGAGAUAUCGGUGCAGGAACUACUGGAUGUUAUUCGAUUCGCGCAUGACUGCGAGGGGGUCGUUCUCGUUUCGGAUUCCCAGGCGCCCCUCCGCUACUACGAAAAACUACGCGACUGGAGAUCUCCCUCGAUGAGUGGCGCUGCGGACGGGACAUGGUCGCCGCCUGGCUCUACGCUUCUCGUUGGAGAGAGCGCGGUGAUGCAGCAGCUCCUCCAUAGGAGCGCGAAGGCAUCGUUCGGGCGACCAUCCGCACUGAGUCCGCUUCAGUUUGUAUGGGAUCAAGUAGGCGCACGCACGCGCCCUCCUGCUUCUCUCGUUCCUUGCUUUGUGGUAUCCAUCGCGGGCUCGUCCUCGCAUUUGUGCAAUACGAUGGAGCACCUUGGAGGCACCCCGUGUUUUCUCGUACGCGCUGCCGCGGAUGCCGCCAGCGUGCUGAGACAGACCAAAGACCUGGUCCGAGAGUGGGGUACGGGAGCCUGUCGUCGCCGGCGUGUCGACGAUGGAAAGAGCAGACCACUGUAG